UCUUAUUAUCUCCGCUCACCAAUAUGUCUGAGGAGAAGAAGCACCACAGCAACCCCUUUCACCGCCACAAUAAGGAGGAAAAACCUGCCGGAGAAAUGACAAAGGAAGACUAUGAGAAACAAGUGAAACACCACAAACACUUAGAGCACGUCAGCAAGCUGGGUACUAUAGCCGCUGUUACUGUUGCUCGGCAUGAGAAGCAUAAGGCUAAGAAAGACCCAGAGAAUGCUCAGGACCACAAGACCAAAGAGAAGAUUGCAGCAGCAGUUGCAGUGGGCAGCGUCGGAUUUGCCAUCCAUGAGCACCAUCAGAAAAAAGAAGCUAAAAAAGAGAAAGAAUCUUCUUUUGGGAAGAAACACCAUCCCUUCUGAAUGUCUUCCAUCAUAUCUCUAGUUAUUA